AUACGAAAGCGUACAGAGAAAUGAAAACCCUAAUGUUAGCAUUCGUGCUGCUCUAUACAUUGAGCAUAAGCAUUCAACCACUACUUGUAGCAGCUGAUUCUUCACCUAAGGAAGUGGUUGACACAUCCGGCAAGAUUCUCCGAGCUGGAACCAAUUACUACAUCCUUCCUGCUGUUCCUAUUACCAGAUGCAGAGUACCCAAUGGCCGGUGCCGGAUUCAACAAGCCGGCUUCUCGCUCGCCAGCGUCGGCGAAUAUUGCCCACUUGAUGUGGUGGUGGUAGAGAGAUAUCAAGCCCAGCCAGUCACGUUUACACCUAUCAACCCUAAGAAAGGUGUGAUUCGUAUCUCUACCGAUCUAAACAUUCAGUUCUGUGGGUACAGUAAGUGUCCUCAGUCCACAGUGUGGAAGCUUGACCGCUUUGAUUAUUCAUCGAAGCAAUGGUUUGUGACGACUGGUGGCAUUGUGGGGAAGCCAGGAUGGGAAACUAUUAACAAUUGGUUCAAGAUCGAAGAGUGUGAUGGAGAUUAUAAGCUUGUUUAUUGCCCAAGUGUGUGCAAAUCUUGCAAGCAUUUGUGCAGAAACGUUGGAAUGUUUGUGGAUCAGAAUGGUAACAGACGUGUGGCACUCACUGAUGCUCCUUACAAAGUCAAGUUCCAGAAGGCUUGAUCAAGUGCAAGCUUCAAGCUUCCUCUACGAAUAAGUGUAGUAUAUAUGAAGUAAUACAGACAUACUGUACUUACUGGUUACCACUACACAAAUGUUCCAAUAAUCAUGUGAAUAAAACUAUAAUAAUAUUAUCCUCGUGUUUUAUUUCAAA